AUGGAUGCUCAUGCUCACGUUUUUUCUUCUCUUUGCUAUCAAACAGUUGUUGAAAUUAAUGACGGAUCAAUAUAUGUUGCUUCAGCUUUUUCUGGUCACCAACAAGAUCCAAUUGAUCAUGCUGAAGUUACAACAAUAAGAGAGGCAUGUAAAAAACUCAACCAAAUUGAGCUCUUUGAUUGUGAGAUUUAUGCCUCUUGUGAGCCCUGUCCUAUGUGCUUAGGUUACAAGGAAUGGUGUAUAACAAUGAUCACAUAA